UUCUAUGUCGAAAACAGACAGACAAUAAUUGGAUGCCAUACGCAUCAACCAGUAGCGGUGAUUCAUCCAGCCAUGAGAAUACUUUCAUCGAUUGGCCACUUCCUCACUGAUACAGUUAAUACGAAUUGAUAGGAGUCAGUACAAGAUAAUUCGUGACACUUGUGGUCAGUCAUAAUUUAACUCUGGACUAACCGGUAACAUGCUUUCAUUCCGAAGGAGGUUAGUUGGCAAAGAGUAUGUUCUACGAUUGCAUAAUACUCUCUAUUUUGCAGUAAACUGUAUGACUACCUAUACAUAGAAAUGGAAAUCAUUAUAUUAACCUAUUAAAUGUUUGUUUUCAGAUUUAUCGGAUUGUUACCGAUUCUACUUCUCUUACUUCUGAAGAGGUUCAGAUAUCCCCGUAUGAUUGAUCAUCUGCUGAUAUCACUGAGCUUUAUUUUGAUCGCGAUGGGCUUCGCUGCCAAGUUUCAGGGUAUCGAUUGGAUUUACGCCCUCAUAUCCUGCUGUGUAACAAUAGUGAUUACUGGCUUCAUGAUUGUAUUGGCUUUACUACUCAGAAAUUUGAAGUUCCAGUAUACUUUAAUUAUCCUCAUCGUAUCGUGUGUUUUGGCAGGCGUUGGAAUCAUUAUAUUCUUGGUUGAACUCCUUAAAAUUGAUAAGUUCGCUCUGGAACUUGCCGUUGCCCUUUGUAUGAUUAUAUUCACGAUGUUGGUCAUUUUCCUAACAAUAAACAGACUCCGUUUUUGCAUCUCAUUCAAUGAAUUUUAUUGUACAAUAAUAUUUCGAGCCUUCUGCAUUUGGAUAGAAAUGCUUUUUCUGUUCUCAUCAGUAUACAUGGCAGUGGAAGCAAUAGCCAAUGAAAUUCAUGAGAUAAAUCGUAGGCAUGUAGCGAAAUAAACAAAUUCAAUGAUGUUUUUAAUUUUUUUACUUUAAUAGGAAUGAAAAAGUUUGAAUUCAGGGCUGAAAGUGUAAACAUUGAAUAAAGUUCCAGCA